AUGCACUCUUCGGCUGACGGACGGCACAACCAAGCGGACGACCCUGUUAUCGAGAGCUUUCUAGCUUUCUGGGAACGGGAGCGACCGUCUUACGAAGUGCUGGCCUCCUUGGCUUCGAAGAUAUGCGAAUUGUCCUUAAAAGGGAAAGUUAAUUGUGACGUCAAAUGUCGGGCGAAAGAAUAUGACAGCCUCCGGGCUAAGCUGUAUCAACGUCAGGCGACCAGACCUCAUCCUUAUCGCAAUCAUGAUGAGAUCGCACAAGACAUUGUUGACCUAGCCGGUGCCCGCGUCUUGUAUCUUUUCCCCCCGGACAAAGAGAAAGUAGAGACAAUCAUAGAGCAAAGCUUCACUAUCCUUGAGCAAAAAAUACAUGAUGGGACGCAAGCUUCUAAUUCCAAAGUGACAGAUCUAUAUCAUCCGGAAUAUCCAGGGUACUGUGCAACACAUUACCGCGUAAAUAUCAAGCCAGGGGACAUACCUGACGGUCGGGAGUGGGAUAAAACAAUAGUCGAGAUUCAGGUGAUAUCCAAGGCUCGAGCACUGUGGGCGGAUGCUUACCACGACACGGGCUACAAGCCGGACAUGCUCCCUAUCCUCGAGCAAGAGUUUUCGCUCGAUGUGAUCAGCGGACUCUCUGGGUUGUGUGAGAGCUUUCUGAAACACGUACAGAAAGUCACGACGGGUCGCGCUAGAGCUGCGGAUGCUAGCUUCAAGACGAAGUAUGCACUAGAAUGUUCGAUGCUGGAAUGGGCGGGAAGAACGAUCGGUCGCAAUGUCAAUGCCGUCGGUGAUAUUGAAACAUUGUGGGAGGUUUCGCAAGUUCUCGGUCUGAACACCCCUAAUAAGAUUGUGGGUGAAUUAAAGAAUUUGGACAAUCUGUCUGAGCUGUCAGUAAUAGACGGAGGGAGUCAAGGUGUCCAGCUUGACCUUGUCAGUCCUAUCUUGGCGAGACUGCUCGUUUCCGCUCCAGCAAGCAAAACGAUGGAGGAUAUACUCGAUGAAAACAGGCGAGGAGGACGGGAGUAUCACUUCAAGCUUGAAGUCAUUGUGGCCACCUUUAUUUGGUUAAAGAGUAUCCUCUCACCGCUCCCCUGGGAUGAACUGCUCCGAGAAAUGCGGCGAGAAAGGUGGUCAAGCAUUGCCUGGCUGUGUGAACGGUCGCCCAUAGACUUCUACCGCAAUGUCACCAACCUCUCCGCUGCAGGUCAGGGGCACGUCGACAAUCUCUGGCAUUUUUACGAGACUGACGAGCGGCACGCGGUUCGGUACGCUUUUUCCUUGUCGAGGCUGGGGUUAGUUAAAACCAGAGUUGCCCACUGGUCAAGGUUGUAUAACAUCUUUUUGCCGCUGCUGAACUUAGAAGACCCCUUGAGUCGCCGUCUCAUACCUGCACCGCCCCCUUUCCAGAGCGCUUGA